UUUUUUUUAAGAAAACGUGCCGCAUAAUCAAGGAUUUUUGUCCGCGACAAUCACAUUUUUCUGGAAGGGCUGUUUUGAAAAGCAUGAAUGUGACUAGAUGUGGGAAUAAUAUUCUGAUUAUUCUAACCCAGAGAAUCAGACGUAAUCUUAAAAACAUGUAUAACGAAAUGAAAAGCAAGAGAAUACGUGUUUUUUUCUGUUUAGCAAAGUGCAUUUUUAAAACAUUAAAAGAAAAAGUAGAAAAAGCUGCACCGUUCCCGUUUGUUUAUUUUUUGUUUCUUGUCGGACAUUAUUUUGUGGCUGCACCGCCACAACCCGGAACAACACCGUCCGCGCAAAAAAUGUGCGAAGCGGUGCAAAGUUUUUCUGCAUAAACAAAUCACACCUGUGGGGGACAAAUUAAAGAUGCUUUACUGGAUGAAAAGGACCAGCGGUGGGUCCGAGACCACCGACGACCUCGGCAGCAUGUCUAAAACCGACAUACUGAGAGGAAUCGUCACCGAGAAACUGACAACGGCCGCGCAAGAAAUUUUAGCGGUUGUCGAGAGAACUAUGGCCGGCUACGAGGAGGAGGCGUCGGGCUUCAGACGCGAGAUCGACCGGCAGAGGAGGCAGCUGGAGCUCUUGCAGCCUCGGGUCAGACUAGAUAGAAAAGCUGAAGCCCUGGUACCGGAUGAAGAAGGCCAUGCUGCGGUUGUUCUGAGCGUUGAUGGGGGGGCGGAAGAGGAGGAGCAGCGCACGCAGCAGUCCGGUAACUCCGGUAACUCAGGCGAGGAAGACGAGGGUGACUUCCUGUGGUAUGGUGACGAAGAUGAAGAUGAUGAUGAUGGCGAUGAAGAGCAACGGCUGUCGUCACGGCCGGCGGCGAGUUCUCGACGGAAACGAGGAGAUCUGAAGGACCCGGACUUCCAAAUAACGCCAAGGUUCUCCUCCCCCAGACCCUCCCCCGGCGGUGGCGAGCGGCGCCGACCCGGCAGACCCCGGAACCAGGACUCCCAGAACCACCUGGACCUGCGGGUCUGCUUCCUGAAGGACUCUCACAGUGACGUGCUCUCCAACAGGGUGUUUAAGAAGAACCCGGUGCAGGACCUGCGUUGUCCCCGCGGCCUGCAGGAGGAGGACUUCCUGUCGCUGCUGCGCUCCACCUUCCCCCAGCUCGCCGCGCACGAGCCCUUCGACGUCUUCACCACCGAUUGGUCGCGCCGGCUCACCCCGCUGAGCGUCGCGCCGCUGACGCCGGAGGAGAUCUGCAGCCGGCCGAGGAACUCGGCGCUCUACAUCCGACUCAAGACCGGUGUGGAGGAUCCUCCGCAGAGACCAGAAGGUUCUCCGUCGGGCUCGGCAACCACGUCGGCCGAGGACACGGAGGCGUGCGCCAGGUUAUCGUCUCCCAGAGUUGAGUCUGAAAGGCGCGGCCGCGGCCGACCUUCCCUCCGAGAGAAGCCUCCUCUCCUCCUCUUCAAGGUCUGCGUGCUGGAGGACUCUCAGACAGACAAGCUGUCUAACAAAGUGUUUCUGAAGUCGCGGGCUCGAGACCUGCCGUGUCCCCGCGGGCUGACGGAGGAGGACUUCCUGUCCCUGCUGCGCUCCAGCUUCCCUCAGCUGGCCGGAGACGACAAAACCUUCACCAUCUUCAAGUCGGAUCGCAGCUGGCGACUCCAGAGACUCAAAGUGAAGAAGAUGACGCCGGAGAACGUCAUCAGGAUCACCAAGUUCCUCUACAUUCGACUCAAGACAGGAGAGGAGCAAGAAGAAGGAGAAGGAAAGGAAGAGGAAGAAGAAGGAGAAGAAGAAGGAGAGGAAGGAGAAGAAGAGGAGGGGGAAGAUCUUAACCUUUCAUGGAGCACCGAUGGCGCCCCGACUGAUUCUCUGUCCGCUGCUGCUGAGGGGAUAAAAAGUGAUAAAACUCGCCGCCAUUCAAGCUCUGUUCAGCAGGACCUGGAGACAGAGGAGGCCGACAGCCGGCUGGACUCUGGCGGAGACGAGGCGUUGGACGGAGACGACGACGACGACGACUGGAAACCCGACGGCGAAGCCGAACCGCGGACGUCGAAGCCGGCGCCGCUGCCGGCGCCGCGCAAGAAGUGCCGGGCCGGCCGCCCGUGUGGCGUGGAGGGGAAGCUGAUCGAGCGCAAGACGGCGUGUAAGGUCUGCGGCGUUUGGUACCGGCUGACGGGCAGUCUGAUCAAACACGCGUGGAGCCACGCCGAGGACUCGCCCUCGCCGCCGCACGUCUGCGGCGUGUGCGGCGAGAAUUUCGACUCGCCGGGAGCCCUGAAGGGACACCUCAAGACGUACCAGAAGACCCACGAGUGCUCGUACUGCUCCAAGGCGUUCUUCACCCUCACGGGCCUCCAGUACCACGUCACGCGCCACACGGGCGACCGGCCGUUCAAGUGCGACGCGUGCGGCAAGACCUUCCCGCGCCUGUCGAGCCUGAGCAUCCACCGCUGGGUCCACGUGGACGACAAGCCGCACAAGUGCGAGCUGUGCACGAGAGCGUUCGGUUUGAAGGCGCAGCUCCGGGCGCACGUGCGCUCGCACGCCAGGCAAGACAAGUACCAGUGCAACGUUUGCGGGAAGUUCCUAACCGACCUGCGGUCCCUGUCCCGCCACAAGACGGUGCACUCGGGCGAGCGGCGCCACGGCUGCGAGGUCUGCGGCAAGCGCUUCAAGCUCGCCAACGCGCUCAAGUCGCACCAGCUGACGCACACGGAGCGCGAGCGCCCGUUCCUCUGCCACAUCUGCUGCAACACGUUCACCACCAACUGCACGCUCAACGCCCACUUCCGGCGCAUGCACUGCAGCGAGCGCCCCUUCCCGUGCGCCGUGUGCGGCAAGGGGUUCAUAUCCAACGGCGAGCGCAAGGCGCACAUGCGCACGCACACGGGGGAGGCGCCGUACGGCUGCUCCGAGUGCGGCCGCUUCUUCAAGCGCAAGAGCCACCUGAACAACCACGUGCGGAGCCACCUGGGCAUCAAACGCUACACGUGCGCCGUGUGCGGCAAGGCGUGCUCGCGCCAGGAGCACCUGACCGUGCACAUGAGGACGCACAACGGGGAGAGACCGUACCAGUGCGCGCUCUGCGACAAGGCCUUCACGCAGAGCCACUGUCUGAAAACGCACAUGAAGAGCCACCGGGGGGGAGACGGCGACGAGGGAGACGAGCCGUUCCUGAACGCAUCGGCGCCCUGAGAGGGUCGUCCUGCAGCGGCAGCAAAAAACUGUCCUUUUUAGUAGUGUCCUGAGGAGUGUCCCGGGACAGACAGACAACGUUUUCGACACUUUGUGUGACGUAAACAUUGGAAAAAGUGACGAAAACAUUUUAAAAAGUGAUAAACAUUUUAAAAGUGACGUAAACAUUGAAAAAA